CGCUGCUUGCUGUCUGCUGAGCGGAGCAGGGAGCAGGGCGCAGUUCACAGUCGUCCCGCGAGGAGGAGGUGCAGCAGAGUCCCGGUCGGAGUCCCGCGCCUCGCAACUCCCCGAGCUCCCGAGUCGAGAUGGGCACCGCGCUCCACCCUCUCGCCGCGCUCGCCGCGCUCUGCGCGCUGCUGGGCUCCACUGUCUCUCAGCCAAGCCACGAGGCACCACCGCAGGACUGCUCCGAGGGCUACGAGUGGGAGGACGCGACGAGUGAAUGCAGAGAUGUGGACGAGUGCACCGGCAUUCCAGAUGCAUGCCGCGGCGACAUGAUGUGCGUCAACCACUUCGGGGGCUACAUGUGCCUGCCGCGAUCGGCGCUCGUCAUCACGGGUGGUGUGCAGCCCGGCGGCAUGCAGCUCGGCGGCACGGACCUGAGCGGGCCUCAAUCUGGGCUUCCAGGCCAGGGUGGGCCUGAGCUGGGCACUGGGCAGGACACUGAAAUUGGCACUCGAGGCCCAGCCACAUCGGGGUUGGAUGGACGACGACCGGGUGGACCUAGGCCGGGCGGGUCUAGACACGGUGAGCCCAGUCCUGGUGGAUCCAGGCCUGGUGGACCUCGGCAAGGAGAACUGAGGCCAGGCGUACCGAGAACCGCUGUGCCGAGGCCAAGUGAACCUAGACGGGAUGGACCUAGACCUGGAGGGACUAUAAUCGCAGAACCAAGGCCAGGGAGACCAAGAUCAGGUGACGCUAGGCAAGGAGGCAGUAGGCCCGAUGUUACUGGGCAAGACUUUGAGCAGGACAACGACUUCUCUGACCAAGGGCAUCGACCGCAGCCUCCAGACGUGAACAUUCCAGCAGAAACUCCACUUCCCCCGCCCACUUCUCGCUGUCAACUUGGCUACAAGUUGUCCGAAGGAUUCUGCAUAGACGUGGACGAGUGCGAGGUGGACACGCACCGCUGCGCUCCCCCGCUCGUGUGUGCCAACACUCCCGGGAGCUACCGCUGCCAGUGCCUUCCCGGCUUCCGCAUGGGCGCCCGGGGCGCGUGCCAGGAUGUGGACGAAUGUUUGCGGUCACCCUGCCAGCAUCGUUGCAUCAACACGGUCGGUUCGUUCGAGUGCCAGUGUCCUGCAGGUUACUCGGUGGCAGUGGGUGGUCGCAACUGUGCUGAUGUAGACGAGUGUACAGAGAGCAGCCCUUGCGCCCAGCGAUGCCUCAACACUCCUGGCUCCUUCCUGUGCCGCUGCGAGCGCGGCUACCUGCUCGAGAGGGACGGACGCACGUGCCGAGACAUCGAUGAAUGCAGUGCACCUGUGCCCGUUUGUCGCUUCUCGUGCCAAAACAUCCCCGGGAGCUACGAGUGCCAAUGCCCGGAGGGUUACGAAGCUAGCGAGGGCCGCUGUACAGACAUCGACGAGUGCGACUUAGGAGUGCACGGCUGCACGGACUCGCAGAGCUGCUUCAACACGCCGGGCUCCAUGCGCUGCCUGCAGCGGGACAAGUGCACGCAGCCGUACUCGCAGACGUCCGACGACACGUGCGUGUGCCCGCGCGACCUGGCCGCGUGCCGGAACCGACCGUACAUGGUGCGCUACCGCUACGCCGUGCUGUCCCCGGACCGGAGGCCCCAGUCCACCGUGUACCACGUGCACGCCGCCACCCGCUACCCGGGGGCACGCAACUCCUUCCACCUGCACGACACGCCCGGCAGCGACGGCGCGUACUUCUCACUCCGGCAGACGGGCCCGUACAGCGCCGUGCUCACGCUGCUGCGCUCCUUGAGUGGCCCGCGCGACAUCAUCCUGGACGUGGAGAUGGUGAGCGUGCAGCCGUACGUGCGCAGCGGCAGCAGCAGCAGCGUGCUCCGCCUCACGCUGUUUGUGACGGCGCAGCCCUUCUGAGCGGCGCCCGUGACCGCACCGCGGUGACGGCGCACCGCCCCGCGCGCCACGUUUCCCAACAUAAUCACAGCGAUGGUCCGUGGCAUCGCUUGCUCAUUACGCUUGGUCCUACAAGGCUGCGUCUAACCGCAAUGUAUCGUUUAUACAGUUACUGGAAUAUGCACCGUGCCACACCACACCGUGCUAUGCUCUACCAAUCCACACAACACACCGCGUUAAAAUCUCCUUAACCACACACCACACCGCACUACACUCUACUAAACCACACACCACACCGCGCUACGCUCUACUAAACCACACACCACACUAUGCUCUACUAAUCCACAUACCACGACGUGCUAUGCUCCACUAAACCACACACCACACCGCGCUACGCUCCACUAAACCACACCCCACACCGCGCUACACUCCACUAAACCACACACCGCGCUACGCUCCACUAAACCACACACCACACCGCGCUACGCUCUACUAAACCACACACCACACCGCGCUACACUCUACUCAACUAGACACCACACCACACUACGCUCUGCUAAACCACAAACCACACCACAUGAAGCCACGUACUGACGUACAAAGGAAUACAACGCCACGUGAUGCCACGUCACACCACUUUACAUUCAACCACUGUAGGCACACUGCAAUGUAACCAUUCCGCACCAAACCAGGGUGGCAGGGUGGCACAGUGGUAACACCCUUUUCUCGCGGCAUGAAGGGCCUGACACGUUUUCUGCGUAAAGUUUGUUUGUUCUCCUCCCAUUCUGCUGCAUGGCUUUCCUCCGGGCUCUCCCGUUUCCUCCCAUAGUUACAAAAACAUACCCUACACAAUGUCACCGUUAUUGGCCAAUCACAUUCCCAAUGCUGAAGAAUUACCUGCGAAUUACUCGAUUGGGAUCACGCAGCGGCGACAUCGCCCCCCUACUGCAAAAAAACCUGACAGGAACCACCUCCUGUUGAGAAAUAUAUAUUGAGAAUACAUGGUAGAAGAUGUGACAUCUACUUAGAAUAACCUGAAAGAUUAGCAGUGUCAGAUUUCCUGUUUGGGGCAGGCGGGAGGGCAUAAAGGUCAAAUAAUGCCCGUGACCGACGCAGCAUGUCCUGGUGUCAAGGGGCCCGCUGCUGGCAACACACACGGCACAUGAAGACAGAGAUUCCCCGUAUAGCUUUUAAGGCUGUUAGGGUAAGUGUUAUUAGCGAGCACCUAUAAAGGCCGGCGCAGUACACAAGGGGGUGGGUGGCCAACACCACGCCCGGCCGCCUUUGGCUCCCCAGUGGCGAUGUUUUUACACACUCAUUUGAGGCUGAGUCGACCGAGGUGAGGAGGUCCAGGACUGGUUAAGAUAAUCGUCACUGGUGUUGGCUCUGAGCGGGAAUCGAACUCGGUUAGCCGAGUUCAUAGUGUAGUGUGCUAACCGCUACACCACCGCUCCCCACACAGUACACCAGCGCAUCACCAAUCGGUAGAGCGAACCACACCGACGCACGCGUCCUCCAGCGCAUUGCCGCCGAUUCAGCGUGUCAGAGAAAACCUGCGGCUAUUUACAGGAUCACAUUUUAAAGCUUCGUUUAAUUAUAUCCAACUGCAAAAAUUUGGUUGUGAGAAUUGUUCAACUUUUUCGUGAGGCGAGGAAAUAAUAUUUGGCGGCACAUUAAAUGCGUGUACUCUUGACAAUUUACUUUUUUGGCUGUGCCUGGUGGUGGUGGCCAGAUCAUUACGUGACCUACCCAGGACCAAAACUGCGAGCCGUGAGAAACAUUUUUUUUCAAAGAAGUGGCGAGGUGUGAAACCAGUUUGCGAAGAGAACUCUGCCGUUGGAAAGAGGACAUUGAAGCGCUGAAUCCUACCCAGUGACCGGCAAAAUAAGAUUUAUCACUAAAUGACAACUGACACCGUGCACAUACAAUAAAUAGUAAAGUUUUUCCAUUCCACCAUUUCAUGUAAUCGAGUGUCUUUUAUUUCAGUUCUGCACGUGAAUUCACUCCUGCAUCCUUUGUGCUCUUGAGAUAUGCAUAGCAUGUGAUUCUGACGUCUAUCUCCCUUAAUCAACCCUCCAUAUUACAUCUUUAUCAGACCACUAAGUCUCAUGAUCUGCCUCAUCACAUUUCCUCACUAAAUUUCACAGUUACCUUCCAGUCACUUGUCAUCUGCUCAUUUGAUAACCGAUUCUCGCGUGUUUCUAUCCAGCUUAUACUUUCCUCUCCCCAGGACGACAACUCAAACGCUCAGAUUCUUGAUUUUCCUGCUUGCAAAGUGCUCACAUCGCCAACAAACGAAGAACAGCACUCCCAAAUUAAAAUUUUCUUCCGAGAUCUUUAUUCCAUUCAUAAAACA